CAGAGGCGCUCGUUUCGACAGUGUCGUUCAUGUCAGGAGAGAUUGUCCGUCCUUCAUGUCCCGACGUGUCGAAGACCAUCCGAGAUAGUCUGUCUGCUCGCUGCGCGGAGGUUGUAUAUACAUACGUUAUUUAGCGAGACGAUCCUGUUAAUCGGAUUGCUGUUGACCGCUGUGUGUCAAGAGAACGACGCCAGUCGACGCCAUGAUGGAUGGAAUAUGUGACACCACGGACAUUUUAAAUAGCGUACCUCCCAAAAAGACAAUCCAUGCUGAUACCAUAGAUCUCUCGGAUAAAUCCUUGCAGGUGGAUAUCUCGGAUGCUCUCAGCGAGAAGGACAAAGUUAAAUUUACUGUACAUACAAAAACUACUCUACCUGAAUUCCAAAAGCCAGACAAUCUAGUUGUGAGGCAGCACGAAGAGUUUGUGUGGCUCCAUGAUCGAUUUGAGGAAAAUGAAGAAUACGCUGGUUACAUUAUUCCACCAUGUCCACCAAGGCCAGACUUUGAUGCAUCCCGUGAAAAACUACAAAAAUUGGGCGAAGGUGAAGGAAACAUGACACGCGAAGAGUUUAAUAAGAUGAAACAGGAAUUAGAAGCGGAAUACUUAGCCACUUUCAAGAAAACUGUUGCUAUGCACGAGAUGUUUCUAACUAGGUUAGCACAUCAUCCAGUUUUUCGGAACGAUCAUAAUCUGAGAGUAUUCUUAGAAUAUGAUCAAGAUCUUUGCGUGCGAGGAAAAAAUAAAAUGGAAAUGUUCGGUGGUUUAGUAAAAUCGUUCUCUAAAACUACUGAUGAAUAUUACCUGUCAGCUACGGUAAAAGAUGUGAAUGAUUUUUUUGAUCAAGAAAUGACAUUCCUUCAAACUUAUCAUCAUAAUUUAAAAGAAGCUACAAGAUUGGCUGAUCGUCAAACAGCUAAACAUAAAGAUGUAGCAGAUUCAUAUAUAAAGAUUUCUACCAAUCUUUUACAAUUAGCUACAACGGAUACUGGAAAACUUGAGAGAUUUUUAACUAAAAUUGCCGAAACCUUCGAGAAGUUACGAAAAGUUGAAGGACGGGUAGCAUCAGAUGAAGAUUUAAAAUUAUCAGAUACUCUUCGUUAUUACAUGAGAGAUACAGCUGCAGCUAAGAGACUUCUUUUCAGAAGAUUGAAAGCUUUGCAUGAAUAUGAAUCUGCAAACCGUACUCUCGAAAAAGCUCGUGCCAAAAACAAAGAUGUCCAUGCAGCACUGGAGGUUGCUGAGGCGGAACAAGCACAGACUGAAGCAUGUGAGAAAUUUGAACAAAUGUCCGAUAAAGGAAAAGAAGAAUUACUGGAUUUCAAAACAAGGCGGGUAGCUGCAUUUAAGAAGAAUCUCAUUGAACUGACAGAGCUGGAAAUAAAACAUGCUAAAUCACAUGCAGAAAUGCUCAAGAAAUGUUUAUCUGUACUUCGGGAAGAGUGAUCUAGUUUUAGCGUUGCCAUGGACAAUUCUAUGUGCAUGCAUUCUGUAUGCAGAUAACAGUUUAUUUAAGACUAAUGGUACUGUAAAAUACUAUAUAUUUUUUGUUAUCUGAAUUUACUAGAUCAUGCUUUGAAAAUAAAGUAUUGUAUUAAUAGCUGCAAAGCGACUUCGAAAAACUGAUGUUUACUAUCAUUGAGCUGUAAAAAGCUAUGUAAGCGCUCCUAUUAAUUCUGCUUAAUAGAUAUUAAGAAACAGUUUUGUAAGUUUGAAUAAUUCAUGUGUUGUAAAAAUGACACAUAUUUAUAUUGUAAAAAAUGAAUUAGAUAUUAUCGAGUCUCUUUGCAGCUUUGAAUUAAGAGCCUGUUAUACCUAUAAAAUAAGGUUCUCUAUAUUAUAUAAACAAAAAAAAAA